UGGUUGGUAUUGUAUUUUUGUCAUUACGCUGUUUGCGUAACUCUCUUCUGGAAUUUGCCUUGUAAGUCUUGUAAGUUGCCGCUUUAUGACGGGGGGAUAGUUUACAUUACCUUCAACUCUUUACUGACUUAUUGGACCAGUUGUGCCAAGAUGUUCCUAGCCAAGAGACUCAUUGGAGGCAUUCUUGAUGUGGUCAGCAACAUCGACCCCAACCAGUUUGUGCCCUCAGAGCCUCCCCCACCCCGCAGACCACUGGCUUAUGCUGAGAGCAACGAUACUGAGGAAGAGAAACAGUUCCGCAAAGUAUUCCAGCAGCUUGCUGGCGAUGACAUGGAAGUAAGCCCCACUGAACUUAUGAACAUCCUCAACAGAAUCAUCUCCAAACAUGCUGAUCUGAAGACAGAUGGCUUUAGCAUUGAGUCAUGCAGAAGUAUGGUAGCAGUCAUGGAUAGUGACAGCACAGGUAAACUGGGCUUCCAUGAGUUUAAACACCUCUGGAACAACAUCAAGAAGUGGCAAGGAGUGUAUAAAGAUUGUGACAAGGAUGGCUCUGGAACUAUUGGAGCAGAUGAGCUUCCAGCUGCCUUUAAAGCUGCAGGUUUCCCUCUAAACGAUCAGCUCUUUCAGAUGAUUAUUCGCAGAUACAGUGAUGAGAAUGGAAACAUGGACUUUGACAAUUACAUUGGCUGCCUAGUGAGACUGGAUGCCAUGUGCCGUGCCUUCAAGACUCUUGACAAGGACAACGAUGGCACAAUCAAGGUCAAUGUUCGGGAGUGGCUGCAGCUGACCAUGUACUCUUGAGCAAUGUGAACACCUGGAACGCGGUUGAAACUAUCAGUCCAACGCUUGAAUCCAAUAAUGAAUAUAUGCUUUACACAGCUUGCUCUCUCUCUUUCUUGUUUCUCACAUAGUUUAGCAAUAAUUGUGGAGGUCUACCACUGGUGUUCUGUGGGUCACACGACUAUGACAUUUUCUUUUUUUUAUAAGUUUACAUUUGCCAUGUGUUUUUUCCAUUAGUAGCAUUGUUCAAUAGAAAGAAAAUUUGACAAAAUUAAACACAUUUUAUUCUGAAGAGUGUUGGUUCAGUUACAAUUGUUCAAAACUGCGUUGCAAUGUCUACACAUGUGUGCAAUACAUGCUAUUGUCAUUUGGUGCCUUUUUUGCAUGAAGCCAGGGGUGAUGUAAGGGAUGUGAAUUUGUGCCAUGAUUAAAGAGAUAUGUGUGAGAAUCCAGUGUCAAAUACAAUUUUAUAUUGAAUUAAAAAAAAAAGAUGAGACAGUGAUAAAAGUUGUCUGUUUUCUUCAGUAGUUUGAUUUCCUUUGGGAAAAAAUAGCUCAAUCUCUCAGGACUAUAUUGAGGCCAAGUGCUCCUUGGAGGAUAGAGAGGCAGAACAGGGAACCCAUGUAUCAUACUGUUUAAAAGUAUUGUGUUAACAUUAUAUUUACAUUUACGUAGUCAUUUAGCUGAUGCUUUUAUUCUAAGCAAUUUACAAAUGAGGAACAUGAGCAAUUUAUCAUUCAAAAGAUCCUACUGUUACAUUUUAAUCCUGGUAUAUGCUGUGUGUGUGGUAUCAUGGUCAUGUAUUUGUACUUUUUUGUGAUGCUUCCAUU